AUGGGUAUCGAUCACACUACUAAGCAGCACAAGAGAUCCGGUCACAGAACCGCUCCAAAGUCUGACAAUGUGUACUUGAAGCUUUUGGUGAAGCUGUACACUUUCUUGGCUCGUCGUACUGAUGCUCCAUUCAACAAGGUUGUCUUGAGAUCUUUGUUCUUGUCCAAGAUCAACAGACCUCCUGUCUCCGUUUCCAGAAUCGGCAAGGCUUUGAACCAGCAGGGCGCUGCCAACAAGACCGUUGUCGUUGUCGGUACCGUCACUGACGACAACAGAAUCUUCGAGUUCCCAAAGGCCACCGUUGCCGCUUUGAGAUUCACCGCCGGCGCCAGAGCCACCAUCUUGAAGGCUGGUGGUGAGUGCAUCACCUUGGACCAGUUGGCCGUCAGAGCUCCAAAGGGUCAGAACACCUUGAUCGUUAGAGGCCCAAGAAACUCCAGAGAGGCCGUCAGACACUUCGGUGCUGGUCCUCACAAGCACAAGGCUCCAAGAAUCAUGUCUAAGGGCCGCAAGUUCGAGAAGGCUAGAGGUAGACGGAGAUCUAGAGGUUUCAAGGUGUAA